AUGAGCAGGCUCACCAACUGUUUGGGGGUUGUUUCUCAAGUAUUCCCCCGAGUAUCGGUGACGCUGUUGGUGACAUGGUCUUUUUGGGCGGUUUUGUUCAAGGUGAUACUUCUAUUGCCGCCGUUUGCAGGAUGCAGCGGCGUAUUUUUUGGAAUUGUGCUUACAUUUGUGUGGGCAAUGUGCUUGACGACAUACUACUGUGUGUUAUUCGUUGGUCCGGGAAGCCCGACAGAGUUUCCAAUGCUUGUUGUGCCGGGGUACAGUGAGGAUGAGGACGGAAACUCGAACAUGGCGGGCGAAGCAAUGCACCCACCGGAGCGGUUUGUGUCUCAUUCAAUGAUGGUGAAGGGUAACGGCGGGUUCAGGUUUUGUUCGAAGUGCAAGUGCUGGAAGCCCGACCGGAGCCAUCACUGCAGUGCCUGCGAGAGGUGCAUCUUGAGAAUGGACCACCACUGUCCGUGGUUCGGUGAAUGCAUCGGAUUUCGUAACUACAGGUACUUUAUGCAGUUUUUGGCUUACUCCGAGGUGUAUCUCGUGCUGGUGACGUGGGUGAGUUGCUGGGUGUUGGUACAGUUCUUCGUCAACAACAGAUGGUCCGUGGAGCUCUUCAGUUUCCACGUACUCUUUGUCUUCUGUCUCGGUCUGGUCUUUACCCUCAGCAUGGCGUUAUUUACUGGCUUCACUCUCUACCAGGUGCUUCGCAAUAAGACUACGAUCGAGAGCUACGAGAUGCAGCGUUACCGCCGUCGUCGCCACAACGUGGGAAACGUUUUCGACUUAGGCUGGAGGGAAAAUUGGCGGGUCGUGAUGGGCCAGCACUGGUGGCAGUGGCUACUCCCGGUCACAUAUAGCUACGACGUCGGGGGCCAAUGUGAGGACGCCGAUUUGUAUGCCAACGGCCUCUGCUUCCCUCUCGAGACCGAAGUUGCCAGCGGCUUGCGUCUUGUGGAGCGUCUCGAAAGAGUGAGCGGCGAGCUCGAGCGCGGGCUGCUGAGACGCUGA